AUUUCUAUCUUUCCACCACUGGCGCUAAACUUAACGGAUUGCAAGGUUGGAGGGAUGGUAAACUACCCGAACAGGGAUUUUGAAAUCACCAACACCAGCGGACUUCCAUUUCGAUGGGGCGCUCAAACUAAUCCCAACGCUCUGUAUCUCAAUGGACAGUUGGAUUAUGACCAUGGCCAGAAAGAAUUCAUUAUUCAUAUCAAGGGAGAACUUAUUCAAAGUCUUCCGGGUUCAGCCACUGCCGAAAUUAAAGUGACUGUAGAAGACGUUGACGACCAAAACCCUGUCUUCGCCAGUGAUACGUACAGGCUUGAUGUGGCGGAAAACAAUGCAUCGGCUGUAAACUUCUCGUUAGCAACAAUACCGCCACUGCAUGCCUACGAUCCAGAUUUUGGAAUUAAUUCCACAAUCAAGUACAGGAUCAAAUCUCCUGGUUUGUUCUCUAUUGAUCAAAGUACCGCUGAAGUAUACAUUUCUAAACUCCUUGAUUAUGAACAAACUUCUGAAUACAGCGUCACGAUUGAGGCUUAUCAAGAGGACAGACCAAGCACAGGGACCGCCCAGACCACAUUAAAAGUUAACGUAAUAGACGUUGACGACAACGAACCAUACUUCAAACCGAACGUUGUUAACGUCACAGUGUUGGAAAACCAAUUGAACGGAAUUCGGCUACAAGACGUUCAAGCUGUAGAUAUAGAUACGGGAGAAAACGGCUAUAUAUUCUAUAAAUUGGAUGGUGAUGGUCCUUUUCAACUGAAGAAAAUUGACAACCGAACCGCAGUAUUGGAAGUUAAUGGGAAGCUGGACCGAGAAACUAAAUCAUCGUUUGUACUUACUGUUAUACCUCGGUCUGUCCUAGACAAGGUGGGAAAGAACAACUUAACAGUAAACAUUCAGGUUGCUGACAUCAAUGACAACAGUCCCGUUUUCAUCCAAGGCCCUUACCAUUUCAACAUCAACGACAACAUCUCUCUGUCCUAUGGGAUGACUAUCGGACAAAUUAUCGCGGAAGACAAGGAUACGGGAGAUAACGCUGACAUAGUCUACACAAUUCUUCAAAAUGCAGUGAAUGUUCAUGACUGCCAGCAGUAUACGCUGCCCUUCGAUUUGAUCGCUACAACUGGAAAAUUUGUUAUGACAGAGAGCGAUUUGCAUUGCGAUCAUUAUUCGCUUUUCGUGGAAGCUUGCGAUAACCCCGACCCCAGCUUUCCUGCUCGACGUUGUGAAACCGUAAACGUAGAUAUUAGGCGUUUUGUUGCUGACGGUAUUCGGAAUUAUGACAAGACGUUUGACGUGAAGGAAAAUGACCCAGUUGGGACCUACAUUGGACCAAUAUAUUGCGACGGCCAAGGUUUAAUUUAUAACGUUAUUCCAGAAAAGGCCAGGCUGGCAUUUAAUAUAUCUUACAAUGGAGACAUGUUAAUGACAACAGCGGUGUUAGAUAGGGAAAACAUCAGCUCGUAUGACCUUAUUAUAGAUGUGAAACAGGGUAGUGUUUUAAAGUGUGUAUACAAUAUCUCAGUUAAUGUGAUAGACGUCAACGACAAUCCUCCUCUGUUUACCAGUGAAAAGUAUGUAUUCUACAUUACCCCUUCUACAGCUAAUGGGUCUAAAAUUGGAACCGUUAAAGUAAGUCACCCUUGCUUUUGUCGAUUUUGUUUCUUUUCAUGUAGUCUUUCUUCAUUAAUGUUAUUUUCAAGCUCGUCCGGGUUUUUUUUUUCAAGGAAAUAA